UUAUCUGUACCCUCACAUACUUCUGGCCCACCCACACUUUGUUGAAUUUUGAUAAGAAAAAUAUUGGUUUGUGUUCAUCGUAAGCACGUAUCGUUGCCAUAUUUACUACAGUUAUGGUUGUGCGUCGAAACAAUUCGCGCUGUGAACGUGAUUUCAGUUCUUUCUCUAUCGUAUUGUCAAUGUGAAACGAGUGUUUGCUGUGGUUUCGUCAGCGGGUGUUAACAUCAGAAACAGUUACGUGUUUUGCAAUUAAUUCGUCCGCCCACUCGACCGUCAGUAGAAGCGGGUGUACACGGCGUGCGUGAUGAUACUGGGUGCUAGAUAGUGCAGUUGAUUUGGGACAGAUUCGGAUAUGUCGCUCCAGAAAAGUGUUAAAAGUGCCGGAGGGGAUCGGAGCGAGCAGGCGGACACCACUUCUAUAUGUUCCUCGGUGACCACCCAGCCUGACAGGCAUGGGUUUUUUGGAGGUGCUCAAUACAGUCCCGAACCUAAAAGGACAGUGUCUCCCAGCACGAUCCUAAAACGCGAGCAGAAAUGGCUGCGCAUGCUCAAUAAGUGGGAGGCCUUCAUGAGCAAGAACUACAAGAAAGUGCGGGAGAGAUGCAGAAAAGGUAUACCAGCAUCAGUCCGUCCCAGAGCGUGGCUCUACCUCUGCGGCGGCGAACUCCUCAUGAAGAAACACCCCACAGAGUACGAGGAGCUGCUGGCGGCGCCCGGCGACCCGAAAUGUAUGGAUGACAUCAGGAAGGACCUACACCGACAGUUCCCCUACCAUGAGAUGUUCAUCAGGGAAGAAGGACCUGGGCAACAAGAGCUCUUCUCUGUUCUGAAGGCGUACUCCGUGUUCAACCCGAAGGUCGGCUACUUCCAGGCGCAGGCGCCCGUGGCGGCCUUCCUGCUCAUGCACAUGCCCGCGGUCCAGGCCUUCUGGUGCCUCGUCAGCAUCAGCGACAAAUAUCUCAGCGGUUAUUAUAACCCUGGUUUAGAGGUAUUACAACGAGACGGCGACAUCCUGCACGCGCUCCUCCGCCGCACGGCUCCCGCCGUCCAUCGCCACCUCGUCAAGCACAAAGUAGAACCCGUUCUAUACGCUACGGAAUGGUUCCUAUGUGCCCUGACACGCACGUUGCCUUGGGACAGCCUCCUGCGUGUCUGGGACUGCUUCCUUUGUGAAGGAGUCAAGGUUCUAUUCAAAGCGGCCUUAGUGAUCCUCGCGGGCGCGCUGGGCCCCGCCAAGGUGCGCAAGCGCGCCGCCGGGCUGUGCGAGACGCUGGAGGCGCUGCGCCACCCGCCCGAGGCCGUGCUGGCCGAGAAGUACCUCAUGUACCACAUGCAGCGGCUCGGCCUCACGGAGGAGGACUUCGAGUUCGAGCACCAGAGGCAGACUGCGCGCCGGCGGGCGCUGUCUAAUAGGAGUGGCAGCUGAUUCAGCGACUGUUCCUAUAAACGUUAUUCCAAGAAUAACGCGCGGGACAUAUUCAACACGCUAUGAGCUACCACGGUGCACCUGACGCGGAACGCGAACUAUUUAGUGUAUGAUAGUGAUAGUGUUGUGACUGAGUGCUUUCGGAUAACGGUAUGACAUUUCAGUUUUUUCCACGUUAACGUUUUUAACGCGUUAUUUCCGUAAAAAACGAGUGUGUUAAGGCUACCAUUUUGUUUAUGGAUUAUGUAGAAGCUUAAUUUUCUAUUGUUUUUAUAAAUUCAGGUGCUUUAAUAAAAAAUAGAUUUUUAAUAAUGGACCUGAAUUAAAAAAAUAAUCUAUUGGAAUGAAUUAUUUAAAUUAAGUUUUUUUGACUAAUAUUAUAUUUUCUCGAAUUUUCUGGUGUUUGUGACAUAAUAAUGAUGGAUAGUGUGUGCAAUAAAUUGAAGUAAACUUUGUAUUGCUCAUAUUGAACUGAAGUCAACCUAUAUUUUGUUCAGUAUUCGUGUUAUAUAAUUUUAAAUUAAAGUUAAUCAUGAACGGUAUUCUCGGUGUGAAGAAACUUUCGAUUAAGUAAUAAAGAAAAUAUGUCUGUGGUGCAGACAAACAUACCUUGAAAUGCAGAAAUUAGCAUUAUGUGAUAUGUAUUUAAAAUAGGAUACCUUAAUCACUAAUACCUAUUUAUUAAUCCCCCUCUCUCUUCUUCAUUCCCAUCUGAUUGUCGGGUCUGCUUUCCUUAUCUUUUCAUUCCACGUCGCAUGAUCGGACGUGUCGUCCACUGUAACGCCGCACCGCCUACCCAAUACCUAAUUACGUCGCAAUACCUAUUUAUUAAUAUUAUAAAUAAAAUCUAUAAUCUGUUUUUUUUUUACUACAAAGUACUACGCCAUAAUGAGUGUUCCAUACUAUUACCUAUGGGCAGUACGUUAUAGUAAAAGCAAAAUCGGUUUUUUAUUAGUAACUUAAACGUUAAGAGUUCUUUAGUAAUGAUAUGGAAUUUGUCAUUUAAUGCUAAUUUUUCCAGUUUUUUUAUAAUUGUCGUUCCAUUAUCAAAGGAGACUGUGUCAAACUGUAUAAAUAUAGAAUUGUGCAAAACCUAUAAUAUAAUUCAUAAUAUUUUGUGAUAAGCACUGUAAUUAUUAAAAUAACAUAUCUAUGUAAAUAUGAAUUAUUCUAAAGAACUUAGUGUAAAGAAAAUAAUUGAUUGGUAUAAUUUAGUGUUUACUAAUUUCAACACAUAUCCAAUGCCGACUCAGGUAUGGUAUAGUAUAUAUAGUUACUAAAAUUCAGUGCGAGUCUUCCUUUUAAAUAUAUUAAUACCAUUUUGACAUCAAAAUACACUCUUUUUUUUUAUUUUUGUCCCGAGUAUGAACUUGUGUGUGGUGGUCAAAAAUCGGGUUUGAACUCGUUUGUGCUAUACAAGAUAUAAAAAAAAUAAUGGAGAUCCGUUUAGCACCGAGCUCUGAUUAGGAAAAAGUAGAAGAAAAAAUUUAUUGACGCGAAUUUUUUUCGGCCUUUGUAUGAAGACUUAGCCCAUAGAAAAAAAAAUAUUUUGCGUCAAAAACCUAUAUUCUUAUACCUUUUCCUAAUCAGAACAGGAUUAAACCUUAAUCUGAUCCCCGUUAUUUUUGUUAUAGCCUGUAAAGAGCAGUAAAAAUCGUUCUCGAAAAAAAAGGGAAGAUAUGACUUAAUAAAGAAUACAGAACUUAAAGGUUCUGUUUCUUUGAUCUUAAAGCCGCCCCACACUAGCGUCUCCCGAGCGUCGGCGUCUAGUCAACUCUGGCUGCUGCUCGACGCAACGUCGGCGCAACUGCGCAGCGACGCCAUUUUCCAGAUCGCUGACUAGACGGCGACGCUCAAAAGACGCUAGCAGUGUUGCCAGUUGAGCGGAAGAGAAUUAUCGUAUUUGAGUCUCAAAAUUAUCGUACGCCUAUCAAAGAGGCACUACUCCCAAAAUUUCUUGCUAAAUAAGCUUGCAUGUACAAUGUAUAAUCAAACAAAAACGCAAUUUUAGUCUAAAUUGCGCAAAAAUCAGUUUUAUAUUUGUGUAUUUUUGUGAUAGAUCCAAACGGUUUACAGGAAAUUUCAAUAUUGUUGACGUAAACCAAGGAGCCGAACACCCAAAAGGUGCUUAUUGUAGCCUAUUUCUCAGGAAAGUGUCAUUAUCGUAGUUGUUUUUUUUCUUCUACGAAUCCGAGGCCAUGGCUUUUAUUGGCCUUAAUCUGUAAAAUUAAUGAUUGAAAGCACAAAUUGUAAAUUAGUUAUAUAAAGUUACUUGUAUGAGAAUUGUCGCAUGAUUUUAGUAAACAUAAUGAUAAUAACUAGCGCUUAGCCUGUACAUUUUAUACCAGUCAAUUAUCACUUUCUACGCAGAGUACAAGGGCAGCUGUAAUUAUAUGCUUAAGGCACUUUUCUAAUACGUAAUACGUGAUUGUGACUUGUAAAUAGUUUCUUAUUCAAAUUCAGCAUUUUUACCAUAAAAAAACCUAUGUCCUUAAAAUGUGGGCAAAAUCUACAAAGUAAAGAUUUAUGACCAUAACCACUACUCUAAAAUAGUGGUAAGAAAUAAACACCAAGUAAAUGAGUUUAAAAUAUUACAAAAACGUAUUUAACAGAUUUCAUUCCAUUAAACUCUCUUUGCACUUCUUUUAUACUAAAAAUUAAGUGGGCGCCCAAAACGAUAUCAAGGUCCCUUUUACUAACACUUGACACUUCUUGUCGUAAUAAGUGUUAAAGUGUUAAGUAGCGACAUCUCGACAGCUUGAAGAGGAGAUCUAAUUUCGAAUAAAAAUAAGGAAGCGUCAGACCAAGCUAAGCUGGCAGCGGUUUUGAUAGCCGAGAUUGUGCAAGUGUUAAGUAAAUGUCAUAGAUGUGAAACUUGCGCUGUCUGGGCUGUCAAAAUCGCCGUCAACAUAAAUUGUUUUUUUUUAUUGCCCAUGGAGAAAAUUUGAAAAGCAUUAGCAUAUUAUUAACCAUUAUUAUUAAUACUUCUAAUCCUUCUAUAUCUUUUUUUAUUUGAUAAAAUCACCCUUUUAAUUAACCUCGUAAGGUGGGCCUUACCUCGUAAGUAUUCCAAUUUUUAAUUUGAACCUUUCUGUAUAGUAAAUCGGGGUGAAUUUCCUUUGUCUGAGAAAGCAAUAAACAUGAAACAAAAGAAAUGCUACAUUAUCUGGUUCAUGAAAGGUACUAAUUAGAUUGCAACGAAUAUGUAGAUUGUAAUGUACAUUGGGCCUUACGAGAAACAUCUUUUGGAAUCUUGUGUGCAAUAGUAAUUUUUAAUGUUUUCAUUAGUUUGGUAAUAAAAUGGGUGUCAAGUACAUAAUAUACAUUCCUGUUAGUCUCUAGUCUUCCCUUGAUUCGAAUCUCAGCGCUGUCAAGAUUUAAUAUAAUAUAAUUAUUAGAGUUCGCACUUUCAAUCAAAUAAAUCACUUAGCCGUCAUCCGUGCGUUCAUUUCGCUCAGACUUGUCCGCACAAAAGACGCUCGCGCGAAUAACAGCUAACUGAUAUGAUUCCAAUAUCAUUAUACUAUCGGUUUGAUGUCAGUGUACCUUCUGAUGGGCCUGUUUGUUCGUAACUUAUCCGACAUGUCAAUAAUAUAUCAUAAUUCCAUUCAACAAUGGAAAGAACGUAAAAAUGUUCGUUAUUUCUUGCGCCACCAGAGGGCCUCGCUAAAUGUACCUUGCCCACAUAUAGUUUUGGUCUUGCACCGACACUGUGUAUCACAUUAACCUGUAAAAUAGUGGCUCUGACUAAUAGUGUCACUCAUACAAUGAAAGUUUCGUUCACUCACUUCACUCACUGUUCACUGUGCUCGUUCACUGUUGUCAGCUCUCAAGAACCAACCAGUACCGCGGACGCGAUAUCACACACGAUUUUAUUCAAGCCGUUAAAAAGUAUAGGUAGUUUCACGUUUUAUGUGCGUCGCUUCUUUACUUUGAUACUAGAGUUAGACCAAGAUAAGUCUGCAACGAUUUUGAUAGCACACGCAGUGCAAGUGUUAUUUUAUACGUCAUAAUUUCAUAGAUCCUAAACUGAAGGUUCAAAUGUCACUGGCAAAUUUUCGAUAUUUUUCUUGUAUGGCUGGGUCUUGGGAGGCUGUAAUAGGUAUGUAUUACAUGUGAAUUUUAAGAUAAUUUCGAUAGUUAUUUUGGCAGCUCUGAGAUUAGAUUCAUAUCACUUCCAUGUGUACAAGAGUAAUGAUUGUGACAGAUUUGAUAUUUUUAAACAAUUAUACAGCAAAAUGUUAUUUAUGAAAUCGGACAAUAUUUUCUCUCCCAAUAGAUACGGUUAAUAUAGAAAUAUAUAUGAAUAGAACGACAAAGCAAAAGGCAUAUUUUUAGAAUUAAGUUGUAUUCCACGUAUCUAAAAAAUGCGUGCAUGAAAUGUCGGGGGCCGCACUACAGCCCCCUGUUAUUGGGGGAAAUGUAAAUUUCAAGCUUAAGUUUUUAAUUUGCGCCACAAGAUGGCAGAACCUACAAUGGGCAUGGUAGCGUCGGCAGGGGCAGCACCUACUUUAACGUGAAGUGUCAAUGUCAAGUUUAAGUUUUCGAAAUAGGCCACAAGAUGCUGCCAUCUUGUGGCCUAUAUCGGAAACUUAUCCUCAAACGCGCAGUCUCUGUCCCCAUUAUCCAUUUUUCUUGUAAUAUUAAUGUUUUUUUUUUCGCUUAUUGUGAUGACGCAUUUCUAAAUACUACAUGGUAAAAUAUGGCUGAAUUUAUUAUAUUUUAUUUACUUACACAGAGCAUAUUCUACCACAGUAUGGUUUUUAAUCCACGCGGUUUGAAGUUACUGCAGCAUACAGUGCAAACUACAUAGCGACACUCAAGGGACCGGUCGUUAUUUGACGCUUUAGAGAGUUUUCGUUGUAUAGAGCGAAAUUAAUAUUAAAGUAAAGCAAUAGCCAACAAAUAUCGACGUUAUAGAGAAUUAAUCGUUAUAUCGAGUGACGUUAUAUGGAGUUUAAUCUGUAUUUGCUUAAAAAAUCUGCCUUUGUAUAUUUAAUUUGACUAAUCUGACAUUAACGGUAGUCCGUUAGAUUUCGCAAUUAAGUUGCUGUCUAUUUAUUACGAUGUCUACUUAGGCUAUGAUUUACGUUAGUCACGCACACACGCGUAUCGGUGCAUAAUGUUGUCUGCUCUAGUUUAGCAUUGUUACGGUUUGUAUUUAAAACUGACAAUUAAUAAUGAUAUUUUGAGUUGAGCUCUUAUAGUUAGACCAAGUUUAGUCUGCGGCGAUUCUGAUAGAAUACGCUGUGCAAGUAUUAUUUAUACGUCGUACAGUACCGGCCAAUAAUAUAUCACCUUUGUGUUUUUUCGUAUUAGCAUGUAUAGAGUAAACAAUAUAGGUGGUUUAUAGAAUGCAUAUUUUACUACUUAUUUUAUACAAAUAUACGAUGAAUACUGCAAUGAACAGUGAUCGGAACUAUGGGAGUAAAACUUUAACAAAAUUUGUUAAGCGGACAUAAAAUAGUGCAUACAGCCCUAAAAAUAUUCAUGUCCAUAGGGAUAGGAAGAGUAUAGUACUUACAGCCAUAAAAAUAUUUACAUUCAUAGAUAUUCGAAUAUGUUUAAGGCUAUAAGCACUCUUUUUCCGUCCGCUUGAUAAGUUUUGUUAAAGUUUUACUCCCAUAGUUCCGAUCACUGGCAAUGAAUUACAAUAGCAGAAUCAGCAAUUACUAAACAAGUUUUAAUCAAAAAAUCAUUACAUGAGACCAAUUUUUCUAAUCGCUCGCACAAAGGACUACUAGUAGACUACCUAAAGUCUAAACAAAUAUCUAUAAUAAAUAUAAAAAAAGUUCUACCUUAAAAAUAUGGAGGUGGAUCUAUUAUUGGCCGAUACUCUGAAUUUCAUAGAAAUUAGAAGUUUAAAAUAACAUUGCGUGUAUCUAAAUCGUUGCAAACUUACCUUGGUCUAGCUCUAACUGAGAAUAAAAUGGUUUUAAAUAAUGUUUUAUAAUUGAUUCUUUGUUUUGAGAUGGUAUUUUAUCACUAUUUAAGUUUGUUUUUUUAAGAAGUUUUAGUCGGUGUAGGUGAUCAGAAUAGUUUUUAUUUUAUAGACUUGUAAAAUGAUUUGAUUAACUCAUUUUUCAUACUUGAAAGCAUUUAUUCUCAGUUAGCAUUAUAACUAUUUUUAUUACAGAUUUCUGGCAUAAUUUCGAUGUUUGGGUUUGAGAUUUUUUAAUUAAAUGUUAACUUUAACAACA